AUGUGUGGCGCACCGGCUGUGCUCUUAUCUUCUGUGCUUACUCCCCUUCGGAUUUUUUCUCGAACGCUAUCGGAUAUCCCGGGCAAACAACUUUCCCCACUUAAAAAGGCCUUGAUCGUAUCCAAACGAUCUGCCUACGAGUUCGAACAAUCGCGUUCGUCCUAUCCAGACGAAGCAACACUGGAGAAAAGUAUUCUGGAAAAAGGCAAAAACUAUGACAAUCUGAGGAGUGCACACCGGUUCCAUAACCGCAUCAUUGAUGAGCUUACUCGCUGUCUCAGGGCAUACGAUGUUGAAGUGCGUGUUGUGCACUUCAAACACUAUGACUUCAGUGAUGCACAGUGGUCGGAUUUAAUCCUGAGUGUUGGUGGUGAUGGUACCUUCCUCUCCGCGGCCAGCAAGUGUGUGUGUUCGGUUUUCUAUCUGCUUUUUAGUCGAUUUUGGCGCCAACGCAUCCGCUUGCAGUUGACUCCCUACGUGGCACCUCUGGAGACUCGACACCCUGAAAUAGUUAACAUUUACAAUAUUUCUCCCAAAGCCUCUCCUUUUCGGACUGAAAGAAGGGUCGACGAAUUGGAGGCCUCAUCUGAGACUUCAGACUCCGCUCCCCUCACUCGCACCCUCCCAAUUCGUGCCCUCAAUGAGGUCUUUGUGAGCACCUGUAUGAGUGCGAGGUGA